CCUGCAGUUGACCCCCAGUUACUGUGCUACUUAGUAUUUCCCAUAUCCAGGUAAUUGACUAUUCCCUCAGACUACUCUCAUUUCCACGACGUCUCGCCUUUGCACAUAUACAUAAGACCUUGUUAUGGCUCCUGAUUUGAUGCCUCUCAUACCAUGUCCUCCGACCAAGAACGCCAAACCGUUUUCAUUCCUCUGAAACUUGGCUCCGCUUCUCAAUAUGAUCGAAAUAUCUUCCCUCUCAUGAGAAUGAAACGCCUAGACCAAGUGGAUAUAGUUCUUGAAGCUACGAUGGAUGAAUUAUACAAGAUACGUGAAAUGGCGGGGAAUCCGACAGAGUUAGAAACUAUCUUUCAGACUUCCAAGAACCAAUACGAUACGUUGUUGUCACAAAAAGAACAGCUGCAUAAACAAAAGAAGUCCUUCAAUCCUAUGAAACUCCUCUCAGCAUAUCGUUCGGUUCGACUGCUCACAGCAGCAUGUGGAGACUUGUAUAGGGACACCAGGAGCGCAUCUGAAAUGAUGAGGAGGCGGCUGCUUUCUGUAAAUACACAAGAUGCCCAACGAGUUGAUUAUGACGACGUGCCACCUGAUGCUCUCAUUAGCGGUAUCGCCAUUCCACUGGAAUCGCAAUUAGAUGAAUCCACGGCUACGUUCUUCAGUGAAGCGGCCGAGUUCAUUGGUUCUCAGGUUAAUCUCCUUCCUGAUGGUAAUCCUUUUGCCGAUGAUCACGAAGUGGAAGAGUCCCGAACUAGUGCAGAUCUUGAACACGAUACAACCAUUGAUUCUGGAACAGACGAUAGUGGAGGCACAUCAUCAGCAAGCUCUCGUUUCUCUGGAGCAUCCUCGUCUAGCUCUCCAUCCUUGGGGCAGGGAUCUGGCAAUAACAUUUUCAUCUUUAAUAAUAGCUACGUUGCUUCGAGAUCGGCCAUUCAAACGCCGACUCUUAACCAUGGUGGAUCGCAUAAUCAAGGAUCAUCUCGCCGUUGACGCUAGCGAUUGUAAAUCGAAGAUUGUUUGUAUACAACAACGUCCCAAAUCACCAUUAAAAAAUACCCAAGUCGUCGUGGUAGUGCUGACUUGCGGCGACUUUCGUCGGGGAUACGAUACGCCGCUACUAGAAGUUCUGUGACACGCCGUAUGCGAGUUGUUCUCUCAGUCACUUGCGAGAAAUUCUACACCUUACAACCAAGGAUAGUUAUUUG